AUGCCAAAUAUUAUAACUCUCUUCUUAGUUUUGGCUCUAUAUGUUCUCCUCAACCGCGCCUCUCCUAUUCCUCAGGAUGCCGACGACACGCCUCGUUGGACCUUUGUUCCGUCGCCUCGUACCCGUGGCACAAACACCAUUCUCAGUACUACUUGUGCAGCCCUUAUUGCAAGCACCUGGGCAGCACUUCAUCUGAACAUUCUGAAGCAGAGGCUAGAGGGAGACAGAUCUGGGAAACACUGGGCGAAAACAGUCUUUCACGACUUAGCCUCUCCUAUGAAGUGGACCGCAGCCGCGAUUAUAGCCCCAGAAGCUCUAGUCGGAUUUGCCUUUAGUGACUGGAUGCAUGCAAGAAAGACAGAAAGCAUUCUAAGAAACUACGGAAAAGGGGACAUGCAGUCAUGGGACCGGACACAGGUCCACUUUGCGAACAUGGGUGGUUUCGUUUUCCAUAACAAAGAAGCGUCCCAAAGUUCAUCACGCCAGGCACGUACCGCUGGAUUAUCUUCAGCUAUAGAGCUCACUUCAAUGCAAAGCACCGGAGGUGCAGGCUCACCAUCCCUGUCUCACCAAGAGAACGAAACGGAAGCGGUCAGCCCCACGGACUCAGCUCCAUCAUCCACAUCCGACACGCCCGGGGCUGAAGAAGUGGAAUAUGAACCCAGCACUUCGAUGAAUAGGGAAGAUUUUACGGUAGAAACAGUCAAGAUCUACCUUAAUGCCACACAAAUUCUAUUGGCCCAAGAAUUUGGCAUCUUAAAAAAGCCUCCACAGUUUUCAACUGCACACAUCGAGGACAAGAGCAAAAACACCCCUUUCGCGAAGAUUUUUCUUCUCUUGCCUAUCAUCGUUCUGGCGUAUAUCGUUAUUGCUCGGCUGUAUAGCCACCUAAGCGUAUCUCAGCUGGAGCUUGCGGUUUGCACCUAUGGCAUUUGCACGACUUUUGCUUACGUCUUUUAUUGGUCAAAACCACAGUCUGUUCGAGUCCCUGAGGUAUCUUCACGCCAUCAACUCCGGUGGAUAAGGCCGAACGACGAACACAACUUAGCCAUAUUUGGUGGCACAUCAUUUAUACACACUAAUUUCUUCCCGCCCUUCGGCGCUGGCAACAAUACGCGAAGAAAGAUUACUGACAACAUAUUAAACGAUAACGUUGUUGGCAUAUUCGGCAUCAUUUUCGGGACCGUUCUCCACAAUUCAGAUUUCGCAUCUAUUCUAAUAGGAACUAUUUUCGGGGCGCUGUACUGCCUUGGCUGGAACAAUGUGUUCCCGACUGCUACGGAACGAUGGUUGUGGAGAGCUUCAAGUGUUAUCGUCACUUCUGGACUUAUUCCUUAUGCAGGGGCAAACACGUAUUUCACCACCAAUUAUCGCAAAUCUGAGACGCACACAGAUAUCCGGCAAAAGAUUGGACUAUAUUUUCUUCUUUCCUGUUACGUAUUAGCAAGAGUAUUUUUGAUUUGGGAAAUGUUUUGGAGUCUCUUUUAUCAACCAGAAGAAACUUUCGAGAGCUCCUGAGAAUGGUAGCUACGUUGCUAGAAUGGUGUCUUACAUUCUGCUUGAGCAGUAGGGUUUUCCGGUUUUCCUAAACGGCUAAUGUGUCCACGAGUUCCUCAAUAAUCAUCCUUGUGUUAGUGUUCUCCAAUGGGCAUUGAGAGUAUGUGGAGAGCCUGUCGAUGGCAUAUUCAAAGUCAGGAUUGGAUCCAUUUGUCAGGAUUGCCGCCGCGUUAGGAGCAGACAGCGCAGUCCUAAACGCAAUCUUCACCUCUCCUCCGUUGUGGCCCUGAUUGACGGUAUUCCCGCAGUCAUCUAAGUGUAUAUUGGAAAAAGCUGAACCCACCCCGAUGUUCAGCAUGAAAAUACGGCCCAAGAGCAAUGAACCAAUCAGGAAGGCCGAGAGUAGAGUAAGACAGUUGAUAAGGUUGAUCUCAGGGACUUUCUGGGAAAUCAAAUGAAUUAGGAAAGGACUUUGUGCAUUGAAAUGGUCCAAGGCU